GAAAAAAAACAAAGAAACUAUUUUUUUAAAUCGCAGUGGUGGGUUUGGUCACCCUUCGCCGGCGAUAAUACCGAUCGUUCUCACUUGUCUAUCUCUCCGGCAAACUUUCCUGAUAACAUCGUGAUAAGCUUCACUAACAACCACAGUUUCAGGUCUGCAUUGCUGCUGCAAGGACAGGCUUGGAGUGACUUUAUAUAAGGAAGUGAAAAAACAAAGAAAAAAAAACAAUUCAGUUGAGGAGAGAAAUAUGUCUUUUCCAAAUCAAAGUUUUUGGAUGGCUAAGAGUGCUGGGAUUCCUAGUGAUGGGUGCGAGAUGGCUUCUUAUGGUAAUGCUUCUAAGCGUCCUCAUCAUUGGCUUUUGGAUGGCUCUGAGUCUGAGUUGCUCCCAAACAAGAAACACGCAUCGGAAGUUCCUACCGGCAACUUGUUCUCUGAAGUGAUCAACCCGGCUUGGGGAAACACAUUCUGUUUUCAGUCUGUUCCUGAUCAGUUUACUCAACGGUUGUUUGACACUGAAACCACCAGAUCAGCUGAUAUUCAUGAUAAAAGCGUUCAUCCUGUUAACACUGAUCCCUCUUUUGGUCUGUCAGUGUCACACACACUCGAGGAGGAUCCACAGAGUGGAGUUAGCUACGGUGUAAUCAGAAAAGUGAAAGUUAGCCAGGUGAAGGACUCUGAUAGUUUUGUUUCACCAUCUACAAAUGCUCAGAUCUAUGACACGACUGACAACAGAUCUGUGUCCACGUAUGAGAAUCCCAUGUGCAUGGGUCUUGCAUUUGGUAAGGAAGAGGAGGAGAAUAUCAUCGCUGAAAGUUUCGAGAGGGAGAACAGCGUCUUUAUAUCAAUGGGACAACCGUAUAGUAAGGGAGAUGAGAAUAUAUCGUUCGCUUCUGAACUUUCUUACGACAAGGUUGAGAGUAAUUUAAUAUCCAUGGGUCAAACGUACAACCACGUUGUUGACGAGAGUGCUCCAUCAAAAGGUAUCGUUAGCACACUUGUAGGUAGAGAUGGUGUAUAUAACAGGAAGAGUAACGUCUUGCAAGAUUCUUGUAACAAGGGACAGAGUACAAUAAUUUCUUUUGGUGGUUUCAAUGAUGUUAAUAACUCUGGCUACGAGUUCUUGAUGUCUCAGCACACACCUCAAUUAUCUGAAACGCCAGCUAGCAAAGAUUUGGUUGGAUGUAGAACCAAUGUGCCUGGUAGCAGCGAUGCUACCUUCUCUAGUAUUGAUGUCUCCGUGGAAAAAGAAGAAACGAAAGUAUCAAAGAAACUUCAGAGCAAUAGUUUUCCUUCUAACGUAAGGAGUCUGUUGUCUACCGGUAUGCUUGAUGGAGUUCCAGUAAAGUACAUUGCCUGGUCACGUGAGAAGGAGCUUCAUGGUGUUAUCAAGGGCUCUGGAUACCAAUGUGGAUGCGACUCGUGUAACUCCUCUAAGGUGGUGAAUGCAUAUGAGUUUGAACGGCACGCUGGCUGCAAGACGAAGCAUCCUAAUAACCAUAUAUACUUUGAGAAUGGCAAAACAAUCUACGGGAUAGUUCAAGAGCUUAGAAACACACCACAAGAUUUACUUUUCAAUGUUAUCCCAACAAUGACUGGCUCCACUAUCAAUCAAAAGUCUUUCCGUCUAUGGAAAGAAUCAUACUUGGCUGCUAUACGGGAACUUCAGCGUAUCUACGGGAAGGAAGAAGGAUACCUGCUCUGAAUAUUCUCUGCAGAGUCUUUUACUCACUGUUGGUAAAUUCAAACACCAAUGGAGAAUUAAUGUUUUUCCCCCCUUCCAUUGGAUAAAUAAUAUAAGUACAACUUUUAACAUUAUAUUCUAUAAUUCAUCAUAAAGUAGAGAUGAAUGAAUAUAUCUGUAGAUAUUCACAACUAAUAAUCAUCUUAAUCCUAAAGAUGAAGUUAUUUUUUUCAGUUCUCAUAGAUAGUAUGUCAGAGUCUUACUUUGCUUCUUAGUUUGCUCACUAUAUAUGUUUCUUACC